CUUGUCACGAGCUCACUCAGUGUUAAAUAUAGCUCACAGUAUGCAGGAUGGGUGUGCGCCAUUUGGAAACUUUUAUCCGCAAAAAAGUGGAGAACGGCUGCUUCAAAGUGAAUAUUGAGCAUGAAGUCAAAGACUACUAUAACAAAGCUUCUUCAGAAUCACAGUCGCCCCCACCACCUGUGAUUGUUAUUGACGUAUUUGCGUUGUCGUGUGAAUUAAGCGCAGUUGAUUUCGACUCCUUGAUUUAUGGAGCCCGUUUUAACGUCGGAUUUUGGACCGUUGAUCGCUUUCUGCGGAAGUUGAAAUCCCUCGGAGUGGUGCUAGAGUUUUUUGUGGAUGGCAGUGUACUCGAUUUCAAACUUAACACCUGGUGCGAGCGUAGAGAUAAAGAAUACCAAGAACUGAUCGAAUUAAUCGACGCGGUCGAUAAGAAGACUAGUAUAGAGAAGCUUGGAGCACCAGGUUGCAGUUAUGCUCUCGAGCACCUUGCAAGAAUACACGGAAAUUUGACAGUGUCCUUGGAAAAAGAAUGCGAUCAAGAAUUGGCUGCCUUUGCUUGCAGAGUGAAUGCAUUGGCAAUUAUUUCCAAUGACUCAGACUUUUUAAUAUACGAAGGAGACUGGAGGUUUUGGUCAUCAAAAGACCUUUAUAUCGAUACUUUGGAAACCAUGGAAUAUAAUCGCAAAGCUUUACUGAAGCAUUUAGAAUUAUCCUUCGCGCAGAUGCCAUUAUUUGCAACACUCUGUGGAAAUGACAUCGUCAAACUGGAAGAAUUAAAACGGUUUCACUUUCGCCUUGGACAAUAUUCUCGCAAAAUAGUCAAUGUAGCCAACUUCGUUCGAGAGCAGUGGCCUAGUCCAAAUUUACUUGAAAUUGAGAAUCAAGUUUUUGGACCGCGCAAGAGCUUCCAAAAACAUCGUUUUCAGCAGAGUUUGGAGUUUUAUAAAACUAACUAUGUACCGAACUUAAACCCUAAUAAUGAUCCAGUGGUAGAUGUUCUUUUGAAGCAUCCCAAUUCAUUCAUGUACCAAAUUUGGCACAAACAACCUCACCCUGUAUGUUUCGGAUUGGUUGACUUACGCAGCACUGAAUUAGGUCAACAACUGCCUGAUCUUGUUAUUCGCAUCCUGACACGCACCGCCGGUAUCAUCGUAUACCACCGCCGUAAGCGUCCGAAACACUACACACACCCAUUUGUCGUCAAACUAACCCACCAGCAAAAUCACACGAAGCAAAAUCUGCCCGUGCAGUUUCCACAGUUCAUAGUGCCUGCCUCGCUCCCGCAACUAUUCUCCACCGAUCCAUCUGAUGUAGCAAAAUUUAAUGAUCAGAAGCUGCUUCUUCUCAGCUGGAUCGUGUCAGAUCACUUGGAUUGGCGGUGUCUCAAAUCGGUAUUGCGACCGCUUCUUCCGACAGUUGUCACUCUAUACAACUUGGUGCAAAAUCACAUCAUUUUGCUGUUCGAAGCCGAUCUGUUGCUUCAAGUUGCAUAUGAUGUGGCAACAGAAAGCUACGAUCCGUUGAAGCUGGAAUUUCCAACGAAGAUCGAUAGCCGACCGUUUCGAUUAGUGUUUUUCUACAGAACCAUGUAUAAUUUCGUCAUAGAGGCGAUGGAUUCCAUUGGAAUGAACCUAGGAGGAUAUCGAGAUGAUCCACCAUUUGAUGGAGUGCUGUUCCAUACGAAAUAUGACCAGUGGGCUAAUUCUGAAGGGGACACAAAACAAAUCGAAGGAAUGCGCAUUUAUGCAAAGUGUUGAAGUUAAUAUAUUUAUUAUUUUUAAUGAAUAUUUUUAAUAAAUAUAAAUUGAAGUUAUUAUA